AUGGAGUCCCUUAUUCCAUCAACUGUCAACCACUCUACAAGCACCAGCCCUAGAAUUCUCAGAACCAGCUCAGAACCCGGUGACCUCAUCUUUAGAGAACAUUGGGACUGGGCCUUCUGGGGACUCCCAUUGGUGGGCAGAGUAGUGGUGUGUGUGCCAUGGUUCUUCAGAUUGUUGGAGCUCUGCACCAUGAGAACUGGUGGCUGCAUCCUCUUACUACACUGGAGGAAGAACCUGCAGAGGAGGCAGCGUGCCCAGCAGUGGGUGGAGGUGAUGAGAGCUGCCACCUUCAGUUACAGCCCACUGCUGUACUGGGUCAACAGACGACGCAGACAUGGCAUGACUGCCGUGAUCAGAAUAGGCCCUCCUCAGGCUGUUGCCAAUAUUGACAUUCAACUCCAAAUUCCGGAUCUUCCAUCAGAGCCACACCUCCAUGAAGAUAGGCGUCAUGCCUUCAGAGGCAGCAGCCCCCAAGCAGAAGCCCCUGUUCUCCUGCAGCCUGCUCUGGUGGUCCCACAGCAGCCCUCACCUAACGGGAUGCCAGAGUGA